GCUUUGCUUUUCUUUUUCCCUUUCCUCAGACUCUCUCUCUCUCCCUCCGACCUUUUCUCUACUUCAGUUUCUCUCCCUCACAAGCAAAACCAAAGCAGAUCGAAAUCGCCUGUAAAGGAGAUUUCUUUACAUAUUCUACUGACUACUGAUUUUCCAUCAAUACCCAAAAUUUCUAUCGCUCUUGUUUCAUCUGGUUUCCAAGAGCAAAACAGAAAGGUUUAUUUUUUUUUUGUGGGUUUAGUGAGAACCAAACUCAAAUGGCAACGAACAUCGGAAUAAUGGAUAGUGCCUACUUCGUCGGAAGAAACGAGCUCCUUACUUGGAUCAACGAUCGCCUUCAGCUCAAUCUCUCUCGCGUCGAAGAGGCUGCAUCUGGUGCUGUGCAAUGUCAGAUGCUUGAUAUGACCUUUCCAGGAGUUGUGCCAAUGCACAAGGUUAAUUUUGAUGCAAAGAAUGAGUACGAGAUGAUACAAAACUACAAGGUCCUGCAAGAUGUGUUCAACAAGCUGAAAGUUACAAAGCCAUUGGAAAUUAACAGGCUUGUCAAAGGUCGACCACUUGAUAACUUGGAGUUUCUGCAAUGGCUGAAACGUUUCUGUGAUUCCAUAAACGGUGGCAUUAUGAAUGAGAACUAUAAUCCCGUGGAACGAAGAACAAAAGGUGGUAAAGAGAGGAGUGUUAAGGGAUCUAUUAAGAUUUCAAAGUCACUGCAAACAAACAAUAAUCAUCCUCCAGCAAUUUCCAGUUCGGUUGGUCUUAGCAAAGCCUCAGGGCCUAAGACAGCAAAAGCAGCUGAGGUCGUGCAGGCUUUGAUGAAAGAGGUUACAGAUCUUAAGCUUUCUGUUGAUCUCUUGGAAAAAGAAAGAGAUUUUUACUUCUCCAAGCUUCGGGAUGUAGAGAUACUUUGCCAAACUCCGGAACUUGAAGAUACUCCAAUUGUGGGAGCAGUGAAGAAGAUACUGUAUGCAACCGAUGCGAAUGAGUCUGCACUAGAAGACGCUCAAGAGUACUUAAGCCAGUCCCUAGGAGUCGAAGCUGAAGAAGAAGAAGAGGAAGAAGAAGACGGAGAACAACAACAAGAAGAAGAAAAGACUCAAGCCUAAUCUCUGACAAUUAACAAUCCUAAGCUCUGAAAUUUCCAGCCUUGGCCUUCUCUUCAAAGUCUUCUUGGUUAAAAGGGAACUUGCCGAAUCUUGAAGAUGAAUGAGCUUCCAUUAGAAAGCUUUUAGUUUGAGAACAUUGAGACUUGGCAAAACUCUAGAACUACCAGGUCCAGUGCUCCUUAGUCCUUACUAUUCAAGAUGUUUUUUUUUCUUGUUCUUUUUUGAAAAAAAACAUCAAACUUGAGCCAGCCAGAUUGAGAGAAUCGAAAAGUUUCAGGCUUCU